CGAACCACCCGAAAGGAAAAUUCUGAACACAUUCUGCUCUCUGCAAAAACCAAUCAGCUUCGGUCGGAAUCAUUUACCGGAAAUCUACAAUGGGGAUUGUUGUCAAGUCUUUCAAGGAUCAAUUCUCCUCUGAUGAGCGAUUGAAGGAGUCGAAGAACAUCAUUGCGAAAUAUCCGGACAGAGUUCCGGUGAUUAUUGAGAAAUAUUCAAACGCAGACCUCCCAGACAUGGAGAAGAACAAAUACUUGGUCCCACGAGACAUGACCGUUGGACAUUUCAUUCACAUGUUAAGCAAUAGGUUACAGUUAGAUCCAUCCAAAGCUCUGUUUGUUUUUGUACAGAACACACUUCCUCAAACGGCUAGUCGCAUGGACUCUUUGUACAAUACUUUCAAGGAAGGAGAUGGGUUCUUGUACAUGACUUACAGCACCGAGAAAACAUUCGGCUAACAAAAAAAGAUUCGUUGGUUUAAUAAUCGAAUCGGAAAACUCUUUUCUGAAUAAUCCAUUUGUUUGAUUCGUAUGUUUGUGAAUAAUGAAUGUCAGCUAUUGUCGUUGUUAGCUGCCCUUGUACAGAAAAAUGCAAAAAAAAUAUUUAACUUUGUAAAUCAUGUUGACCCAAAGGCAAUAAUAAGACAAAGUGAUGAUUCACACGAAA